CAGGGGAUGUCGUUGCGCUGAAGCGUAUCAGGCUGGACAGUGAGGAUGAAGGGGUGCCCUGUACGGCCAUUCGCGAGAUUUCACUGCUGAAAGAACUCCGCCACCCAAAUAUUGUCAGGCUGUACGAUGUGCUGCACACGGACAAGAAGUUGACACUCGUCUUCGAGUACUGCGAACAGGAUCUCAAGAAGUAUCUCGACGGCUGUGGUGGGACGGUGGAGCCCUUUCAGGUCAAAUCCUUCCUGUACCAACUGCUGAAGGGAGUGGCCUUCUGCCACGAGCACAGAGUACUCCAUCGCGAUCUAAAGCCGCAGAAUCUGCUCAUUAACAAGUUCGGCAAACUCAAGCUGGCCGAUUUUGGCCUGGCCCGUGCGUUUGGCAUCCCUGUGCGGAGCUACUCCCAUGAGGUGGUGACAUUGUGGUACAGAGCACCGGAUGUGCUACUCGGGUCACGACGGUAUUCGACAUCGAUUGACAUCUGGUCCGCCGGCUGUAUCUUCGCUGAGAUGGUGCAAGGAGGUCGACCCCUCUUCCCUGGACUAGCGGCACCAGAUCAGCUUCUGCGCAUAUUCAAGUUCUUGGGGACGCCCACAGAGGAAAUCUGGUAUGGAGUUACCGAGCUCCCGGAGUGGAGCAAGUACGAGUUCCCCAUGUAUGCGGCUCAACCACUCUCCUCUGCCGUUAAUAAUCUGGAUAUGAGUGGACUUGAUCUACUCAAAUCCAUGCUUGUUUAUAUGCCCGAUUUCCGUAUCAGCGCAGAAGAUGCUCUGCGACAUCGAUACUUCAAAGACCUACCGGCCCACAUCCGAGCGUAAUAAACCAAUUUUGUGAUCUA